GGAUCAAACAAUAACAUGAAAUCAGUAAGAAGAUGCCGAUCACGAAAACUAAUAGCAGAGUUAGAUAAAUGAGUUAGCAGCUUCCUCACCAGGGUGGAACCUGAACACUGGUCUUUAAGGUUCAUCUCUGCUGGUGGUGACAGCUGGGACUGACACACAUACACUCUCCCACACACACCCUACCCUUCGUCACCCACCCACAAAGUGCAGGAGCCGCCCUGGAUCUGCAUCUCUAUAAGAGGUCAGAGCUGGGCUCAAAGGUGCCAUCCUCGUCUGGACAACUCCAACGGUUUCAUCUCUGGGUUCAUCUCAUCUCUGUAUCUAUCCACCAUGUCGGUCUGUUCUCAAACGAUGUCCUGCAGAGUACCCAAGCCCGUGACCCCAAAGUGCACUAUCGCCAAGAGUCGGUGUGGUUCCACGAUGUUUCCACAGAAAUCCUACAGCGUGUAUGGAGGUGGUUCAUGUGGAAGCACCCGCAUGUCCAGAAGCAGAGGAUACGGAGGAGGAUGUGGUGGAGGAUACGGAGGAGGAUAUGGUGGAGGAUAUGGUUUUGGUGGAGGACACGGUUUUGGUGGAGGACGCGGUUUUGGUGGAGGACACGGUUUUGGUGGUGGAUACGGUGGAGGUUACGGUGGAGGAUAUGGAGCAGGCAUGAAUGACUUCCAUCAGAAUGAGAAGACCACCAUGCAGAACCUGAACGACCGUCUGGCAUCCUACCUGGACAAGGUGCGCUCGCUGGAGGCUGCCAAUGCCAUCCUAGAGAGGCAGAUCCGCGAGCACUGUGAGAAGAAAGGGCCGAUCGUACAGAGGGACUACAGCGACUACUGGAACAUCAUCAAGGACCUGAAGGACAAGAUUAAAUGCGCUACUAUCCACAACGCCAACAUCCUCCUGCAGAUCGACAACUCUAAACUGGCUGCUGAUGACUUCAGAAUCAAAUAUGAGCAUGAGGUGGUGAUGCGGCAGUCUGUGGAGGCCGAUAUCGCUAACCUGCGCCGCUUACUGGACCAGACAAACAUGGCAAGGUGCGACCUGGAGAUGCAGGUCAAGAAUCUGGAGGAAGAGCUGGCAUGUAUGAAGAAGAACCACCAGGAGGAGCUGGCUGCACUGAGGUCACAGCUGACAAACACAGUGAACGUAGAGGUUGAUGCUGCUCCUCAGCAAGACCUGAAAAAGAUUCUGGACGAGAUUCGUGCUCAUUACGAGAACAUCAUCCAGAAACACCGCAGGGAACAGGAGGCCUGGUUCAAGGACAAGAUGGAAGGGUUGAACAAAGAGGUGGCUGACAACACAGAGUGCAUGCAAACUUCCAGAUCACAGCUCACAGAGCUGCGAAACACCUUGCAGAGUCUGGAGAUCGAGCUGCAGUCUGAACUCAGCAAGAAAGCAGCACUGGAGAACUCACUGGCAGAAACAGAGGCUAGGUACCGCUCUAUGCUAGCAAGCUACCAGAACCAAAUCAACAUGCUGGAGGCCGAGCUCUGUCAAGUGCGGGCAAGCAUUGAGCAACAGGGACGUGAUUACGCCUUGUUGUUGGACAUCAAGACGCGUCUGGAGCAGGAGAUCGCCACCUACAGGUGCCUCCUGGAAAAUCAGGACUCCAAGACUCAAAUGCAAGGACCAACUAUCAUGAUCCAAAGUGGAUCCCUCUCCUCAGGUAGCUGCCCGGCUGUCCCAUCUAGUGGAGCUCAAUCCUCUUGUGGUUCUGUUGGACAAACAGCCCAAUGCAAGUAAACCACCCCCACUUCACAACGUACUUACUAAAGUCACAGGAUGCCGCUUCAUGAGACAGUAUUCAAACACAUGCAUUUACUUUUAAAUGAGUGUUGAUACACAGUUUGUGACAUGACAAUAAACAAGGAAAUGUGUUACUUAUAAAACAUCG